CGCGGGGAAGAUGGCGGCGCCGGCGGCGGCCGAGGCCGCGGCGCUCCCGGGCCCGGCGGAGGCCGCCGAGACGGCCGAGGCGGCGGAGCUGAGCCGCGCCCUGAGCCGCCUGCUGCCCGGGCUGGAGGCCGACAGCAAGCUGGGCCGGCGGCGCGCGCUGGAGGCGCUGCAGCGCGCGCUGGAGGCGGCGUGGCCCGACGCGGCCGCCGCCGAUCCCGCCGCCGCGGCCGCCGCCUUCCAGGGCCCGUGGGCGCGCCUGCUGCUGCCGCGCCUGCUGCGCCUCCUGGCCGACCCGGCCGAGGGCUGCCGCGCGCUGGCCGCGCACCUGCUGGACGUGGGCCUGCGGCGGGCCGCGCGGCCCCGCGACGCGCUCCCGCGCCUGCUGCCCGCGCUGGCCGCGCGCCUGGCCGGCCCCGAGCCCGCGCGCCGCGCGCCGCCCGAGGCCUGCGAGGAGCUGCGCCUGGCGCUCGUGCGGCUGCUCGGCCUGGCCGUGCGCCUGGGCGGCGCCGCGCUCGCGCCCCACCUGGACGACGCGGUGCGCGCGCUGCGGGCCACGCUGCGCGACCCCUUCGCCGCCGUGCGCCGCGAGAGCUGCGAGUGCGCCGCGGGCCUGGCGCGCGCCACGCCAGACCACUUCCACAUGCAGUCGGAGUCCCUGAUCGGCCCCCUGAUGCAGUCCAUUUCCCACCAGCACUGGAAGGUGCGGGUGGCCGUCAUUGAGGCCACGGGCGUGGUGAUCCAGUUUGGCAGCGGGAAGUCGCUGGACGAUGUCCUUCCUCACUUUGCUCAGCGGCUCUUUGACGACGUCCCCCAGGUGCGCCAGGCCGUGACGCGCGUGGUCGGGGGCUGGCUGCAGAGCCUGCCGGACCGCUACUCCUUCUUCCACAAGCUCAUCCCGCUCCUGCUCAGCAGCCUGGACGACGAGAUCCCCGAGAUCGCGCGUGACGCGGCUGGACUCUGGGAGCAGGUCGGCCUUCAGUGGCAGACGGAGAACGAGGAGGACCUCAAGGACAAGCUGGACUUUGCCGGCCCGCCGCCCGCCCACCACCCCUCGCCAGGGAGCCGCCCGGGGCUGGGCUGCCGGGAGCUGGUGUUCAGAAACCUCUCCAAGAUCCUUCCCGCCGUCUGUCACGACCUCACCGACUGGGUGGUGGGGACCAGGGUGAAGUCGGCGCAGCUGCUGGCGGUGCUGCUGCUGCACGCGGAGGACCACGUCACGCAGCACCUGGAGCCCGUGCUGCGCGCCCUGCUCCGCGCCUGCGCCGACGAGGACAGGGCUGUGGUCCGCAGCUGCACCAGGUCCGCAGAGCUGGUCGGGGCCUUCGUCAGCCCGGAGGUGUUUCUGAAGCUGAUGCUGCCGACGCUCAGGAAGUCGCCCUCCCCAUCCGGCCUUCUGGUCCUCGCCUCCGUCAUCCGAGGCUGCCCGAGGGAGGCCCUCCAUCCACAUGUGAAGGUCCUUGCCACAGAGCUGGCCCACGCUGACAUCUGCCAAGGGUCUGAAAAUCGCCUGUACGGGGAGCACCUGCUGCAGUGCGUGCAGGCCGUGGUGUCUGUGAGCCGGGAGGACUGCCGCGGGGCCGGCGUGCCACUCAUGGAGGUGCUGGUGACCGUCCUGGCGCUGUGGGGGCCCGUGGGCCUCGGCGACAAGGUUCAGGAGACGCUGGCCGCGCUGAGCGCAGUGGAGCACGUGGACAGCAGCCAGGACCUCUUCCAAGUGUACUUGGGCCCCCUCCUGGAGUGGCUGGCCGCCUCGCACCAGGACUGGACCGGCCACUCCGUGGAGCUCCUGCAGUUCAGCGUGGUGCUCACCCAUGCAGGCCCCGCGCUUGGAGAAGCCUUGCCCCAGCUGGUCCCCAUCCUCAGGAGCUGCCUCCAGCCCGCCAGGGACCCACCCAUGCGCCUGAGGCUCUUCUCCACCCUGACGGGGGUGCUGCUGGGAGCCAGGGAGACGGUGGACUCGCAGGGACAGUUCCACGGCUACCUGGACACCCUGGUCAAGGACAUCUUUGUCCCUAAUCUGCAGUGGCAGGCGGGGAGGACGGCCGCGGCCAUCCGCACAGCGGCCGUGUCCUGCCUCUGGGCUCUCAUCAGCAGCGGGGUCCUGUCGGACGAGCAGAUGCAGGAGGUGCAGGAAGCGCUGCUGCCUGAGAUGCUGGCCGCCCUGGAAGGGGACUCGCAGGCGGCUCGGUUAGCCUCGUGCCGGGUCAUCCGCGCGUUCCUGGAGGCCUCCGGCAGUGUGACCCACGCAGAUAGAUUCGUCAGGAUUUACCCCGAACUCUUAAAGCGCCUGGAUGACGUGUCCAACGAGGUGAGGCUGGCAGCCGCCUCCGCCUUGGUCACCUGGCUGGAGCGUGUCAGGAAUGAGGCUGGGAAGGGCUGUUACCAGAGCAGCAUCCAGCACCUGUACAGGGAGCUCCUCGUGUACCUGGACGACCCCGAGAGCACCGUCCGGGACGCGGUUUUUGAGGCCCUCAAAGCGGGCAGUGUCCUCUUCCCCGACCUCCUGGCGAGAGAGACAGAGGCCGUACUCCACAAGCAUCGCUCGCCUGCCUACUGCGAGCAGCUGCUGAAGCACCUGCAGGCCCUGCCACCCGCCCCGUGACCGGCAUCCUGGGAGCGGAGCCUCGGCACGACAGCUGGAGGCGGGUGAACACUCCACCCGCGUCCUCACCCGGGCUGGGACGCGUGGCCUUUACAUCUCGUCACAGGGCACCUUGCGGUCAACAGCCGAGGACCCUCACAAGAAGCCUCUGACAGCGAGAAGAAUGUAUUCCCCGAGCACCAUGCCCGGUGCUCUCCUGGGACAGCUUUUCACACCCAGCAGUUUUUGACGUAACCGUCACGGAGUGGCUUCUGUGUUUGUGUGGCUUACUCAUACAGUUCAUUGACAGGCCUGCCAGAAAUCGACAGCUGACCUCACAUGAAAUGUCAGCUCCUCAUGCGGGCAGCCAGAUCAGCGCACCCUUUUUUCAGGCUCCGCACACUGCUAGGCUCAUGGGUUAUUGUUUCUUUCGCGCUUAAAUGCCCACCAAGAAAGUUCUUGAGUUUUUAAAAAGAUACAAGCCAAAGUGAUUAAAGAGAAAUGUUGCUCUUUCUUUGGGUUUUGUCUACCAGAAUUUAAUAUCUCAGUGAACAGACUGAAAAGAAUUUGAAAUCUUAAGAACUAUUAUCAACAAAAUCUUUCCCGUUUUAAAUACACUGGAAUUUAAAAUGUUAUGUGGAUAUAUUUGGUCACAGUAUUUUUCUUAGGUCAGUAAUGCUAACAGUGUUGGAAGUAGGAUAUUUAAUCAGAUGUAAUUUUGGUUGCUCUCUCGUAAGUAGCAGUACCGUAAAAUUGUAAUAUAUUUUCCUGCACUUUCUAUCCCCAAGUGCCUAAAAGAUUUCAUUUUAAGUGAGUUUUAUUUCCAUAAGCCAAAUAUUUAUGUUAAUACAAGGGAAAAAAUGCUGUUUUUUCUAAAAAUCAAAUAUUAACAUUUAUACUUUGGUAUUUGAAAAUAUAACUUAAAAUAUUUAUUAUAACUAUUCUGUAUGCCUGUCCUUGUGUGUUUUGGUAACUGAAACUGAGACUCAUUUUUUCCUUAAACUCACAGUGAUCCCAGCCUGGAGAAUCCUGGGCCUUUGGACUGAGGGGUCCCCACUCCUCGUUGUAGUGCCCUCUCUGGACACCAGGUGGCAGGAGCGCCAAACACUUAUGACAGCGGUGUCAGCAAGGCUUCCAAGGGCUCACCCUCGGGGUGGGGGUCGGGCCUGGAGAAGGGCAGAGAACAGAACUUGGGUCACUCCAGCCCAGGCUCCAUGUGACGCUACUCCUGACCACAGUGACAUCCCCUUUCCGUCCCUUCCAAGUCUCUGAAGCCACACAAUUUCUCUCCAGACCCCGGUUCUGUAGUUGAGAGCCACGGGAUGGAGGAUGCCCUCGGGUAUGGUCUUCCCCCCAGCUCCCUGGUCGCCCCCUGGUUCCUCUGCGCGCCCUUCCUCAGCACCACCUGGCACCUGUUAGAAAUGAUAUCAGGCCUCGGCCCAGACCUAUUGAAUCAGAGACAGUGGGGUGGGGCCCAGCAGCCACCCUCCAGGGGAUUCUGAGGCCCCUAAAGUGAGGGGACCCCUGCCCUGAGAACCACGCAUUUUCACAUCCAGCAAGAAGCCCCACCUUCUAGCUUUGGUCAGACAUUCAGUGUCACAGGAACCAAAAGCAAAUGACAAAGAGCUUGGCUGAGAGGACACCUCGUGCUCAACCCCUCACCUCCUGCGAGGCCGUCAGGUUGGGCGCCCCCCAAGCUGCGGUCCAGCCCAGCUGCCACGCGGCUGCCGUAGAAGCACUCGUGGUGCGCCUUUGUUUCGUGCACCGUAUGGGGAACUAUUCAGAGGCAGCAUUGCAAUGAGUCAGGACACCUGACACAACCUUGACAGACUAUGAAAGAGCCACAGAUGGUCAGUGGCCGCUGCAGCAGCUCGGGGACGCGUUGUCCCUUCGUGCCCUAUGGAGCUGAGUGAAGUGACAUUUCCACAUUCUGAGACCGGAACUAAGAUUUUGCUAAGAGAUGUGUGCCUGCUGCCCUGACAGAGUAGGGCUGACCCUUCAGAUCUCACCCUGGUGAGACUUACCAUGGGCUCCCACAGACCCACGCGAUCCCAGCAACAAAACACUGUUCUUCCAGCUCUUAGCUGCUUUGAUUGGAAGAAAGGAGUUUCAAAUCGUCUUCUUGAUAUCUGUGAAGAGGCUAAUGAGACUGCAGAAUACAUGAAACAAAGGUUGUUGCUGUCUUGUCCACAGACAGACUCGACGGUGCUCACGUGUCUGCAUGUUUGGUGCCAAUGCAAAGGUAAAUUCUGGCAAACUCCAUGGGUCAGUGAUCUUCUUACCAAAGAAAUGAACAGAUCUUAGCUGCUAAGUGUCCUCCAGCUCUUGCACACAACCCUGCCAAUAAAGCUGGGAUCUGUUACCUGCGAUAUUAGGCUUUUCGUAAGGAAAGUUUGGGUCACCUUUCACUGUCCUCUGAAUGUGCAGAAACAAGGAGAUUUCUGACUAUAGAAUGGAAGCAGAAGCCUCUUAGAUACUUCCUACAAGAUACCUGUCCUUGUUGGCAGUCAGAGAAAAGAUAUUCACAUGCUGGUCUGCUGUCAAAGCUUCUGUCUCACGGUGCGGGAGAGGAACACCCUCCUCUAGUCUGGAAGUACAUCAGGGAAGAGCACAGAGACAGGGCCUGCAGGAAGACAGAGGUUUAUGUGCUUUUCUCCAGCCUGUUGGAGGAUCUUGGAAGAGGCCACAGGUGGAUGAACUGGCUGCACCUGGUUGUGUAAUGUUCUGUGUAGAUUGUGACGACUCAGGCAGGAAAAGACACUCACUGUGUGGCAAUAGAACUGCUUCAGGGACUUCCCUGGUGGUCCAGUGGUUGACUCCGUGCUCUCGAUGCAGGGAGCCUGGAUUCGAUCCCUGGUCGGGGAACUAGAUCCUACAUGCUGCAACUAAAGAUCCUGCGUGCCUCAACUACGACCAGCCAAGUAAGUAAAUGAGUAUUUUAAAAAAAGAAAAGAACUGGUUCAGAACUCAAAAAAAUCCCACUUUGAUUUCAAAUCUCAGUUACCUCUGUGCUUUACAGCCACAUCCCCAAGAAGGAGAGGUUUACCUUAUGGUGAAUUCCAGUGUGCUUCAGGGCGUUUAAGAGUGGACAUUUGAUACAUGGGAGCCUGUGUGAUAAACUCACAGAUGCAAAGGACCUGAUGCACAAACAGCCAGUCACAAGCACGUGCCUGUGGCCACCAGGCGGACGGCAGAUACCUUCUGACCUGUCAUCUGUCUGCUGGCUUGUUUGCGGUGUUGUUCACUGAGCAGCAUCUUUCAUUUUGAUGUAAUCAGAUCCAUCAGUGUUUCGCCAUAAGGUUUGUGCUUUUGAGGUUUGUUUUAAGAAAUCCUUCCCCACCCCUGGGAAACAGAGCCUCCUUCAUUAUCUUCUUUUGACAUCCUAGUGUUCCUUUUCAUUUAGAUUUUUAUUCACCGGGAAUCUAGGUUUAUUUCUUUAAACAUUUUUUCUUUAAAAAUAAAAUUUCAAUGAGAAAACGUGGCAAAAUAUUAGUAGUUGUUAACUUAGGAUAAUGGAGUCAAGGUGCAUCUUACUAUACUUUUUCCAUAGUUUAACAUUUCUAAACUUUUAAAAUUUCUAAAAAUUUCUCAGUAUUUUGUGCAAAAUACGGGUAAAGUCGAAUAAGAAAAGGAAAACGAUCUAUGAUGCCCCUGCUCGGAUAGAAUCACUGGCAGCGUUUUUCUGUGCCUGAUAUGUGUGUGUGUGUGUCUGUCUGUCUUUCUGUCUAUGCACACAUGGAAUCAUAUAGAACCUGCAUUUUUCAGUUGACAGCUUGUCAUUUCCUGAGUACAUUUCAUGCCCUGGUCUCUGCGCAUAUGUGACACUGUGAGCGCUGUUUUCUUUUCCAAGGAGAACUAAUUUUGUCCUUGGAGUUGUCUCUUCUCUCCUGUGAUUUAACUAUAAGAUAGCAGGUUCCAGGUCAACUUCCCACACUGUGAUUUUCUCACACUACCUGUCACCUGAAGAAUUCUUUUUUUUUUUCCAUCUAGAAACCAGUGUUUCCACCCAUUUUGCUUUCUUUCUUUUUUUUAAAUUAAUAAUUUAUUUAUUUAUUACUGUCUGUGUUGGGUCUUCAUUGCUGCACGCGGGCUUUCUCUAGUUGCGGUGAGCAGGGGCUACUCUUCGUUGCGGUGCUCGGGCUUCUCUUGUUGCAGAGCACAGGCUCUAGGCGCACGGGCUUCAGUAGUUGCAGCACGUGCACUCAAUAGUUGUGGUGCAUGGGCUCAGCUGUGCCGCGGCAUGUGGGAUCUUCCUGGACCAGGGCUUGAACCCGUGUCCCCUGCAUUGCCAGAUGGAUUCGUAACCACUGUACCGCUAGGGAAGUCCCCAUUUUGCUUUCUUGAAUGGUGAAUUCCCACUCUCCAAGCAUAAGACACACGCACAAACACACAUAUCUGUUACACAAGGCUCUUCCCACUGGAAUACAGGUGUCAGGUGGGCAGCGAAUUGGAUUUUCAGUGGUGGAUCCCAGCACCUACUGAGUACGGGGCACACAGUCGGCAUCCGGUAAACACGUGUUAAUGUCCCAGUAAGAAGGAAGACAGAGUAAGUGCCCAAGAAGCUGUCCAGUUGAGCACACUGGGGUCGAAGUCAGGGGCACAGGUGGGCCAGGUGAGUGGAGUAGGAGGCCCACAGCAAGAGGGAGAGGGAAGGCAGGAAGUGGGGGAGCUGUGGCCAGCACGGCAAGCGGUGGCAGGACUUCCCAUCGCCCCUGAUGGUGCCCGUGGAGAAGUCUCUUCCCACUUGGGCCUCGGCCUCCUGAGGAGCAGGGCUGGGUGCUCUCCAGGUGUCUGUGGCUGUGCUGAAGGGCCGGGUGGACUCAUUUGUUCACACCCACCCACCGGUACAGAACAGUACCAACCAGCUGGAGGUGGCUGAAGCCAGCACAAACUAGAUGGCAGCAGUCAGGGUGGAAGCGGUCCCUCCAGAGAAGAGCUCUGGUGCCUGAGUUGGCACCAGGGGGUCUGUCCCUGUCUCCAGCCUCUUUCCCCCCCAGGGGGAGGAGACAGGAGCCAGGGGAGUGGUGGGUUUCCUCCCGUCACUGUGUGCUGGAGGUGGGGGGCUGUCAGCUGCUGCUUCCUCCCUCAGGGCAUCUUGUCCUGCUUGUUUUGCUUUUGUUUUUGUUUUUUUAAGAACUUUGAGAUAUAAUGGACAUACAAUAAACUGCAUGUAUUUAAAGUG